GUGACUCUCGCGAGGUUGGGUGCUGGUUGAGGGAGGAGACGAGGGGGAGCGGCGGACACCGGAUUCCAGGCCAGAGAAACAAGUUAUUGAGCUUCGCUGGCUGGGUCCCACUCUCCGUGCGCAAAUGGCCUGCUCAGACCACUCUCCCCUGUCCGCCAUCCUCUUCUUGGGGCUGCUCUUGGGUUACUGCGGCCUUUUCCCGGGACCGGCUUAUGCCCAGAACGAACCCAAGAUCAGUGCCACAGAGGAAAUUACCAUAAAGAAAGAGACAUCGGCAACACCUAUUUUCUUGCACUGUAACAUCACUGUAACUUCGAGCCAAGGUGGACUAGAGCGUGGCUUUUGGACAAAAAAUGGCUUGGAGAUUCAAGACACGAGCAAGACCUCUUUUCCCGAACCUGCCUUGGAGCUGAAGAUCACAAAGCCAAAGGCCGAUGACUCUGGAGAAUAUAUGUGUGUGUUCAUCUUCAAGAACAAUUCCCCACCAGCCAAUGCUACUAUUGAAGUGAAAGCUGUUCCAGAGAUUAGCAGUCAUAAAAAAAGUGAAAACAAAAAUGAAGGUCAAGAGGCUGUGCUGUUCUGCAAAUGUGUUGGAUACCCCCCACCAGAUUGGACGUGGUAUAAAGUAACUGAUGGAGGCCUAGCGGAGCUUAACAAUGGAAGUGGACGCAUGUUUAUCACUAGCAAAGAUAACUAUACAGAGCUGAAAAUCAUUAAUCUGGAUAUCACUAAUGACCCUGGCACUUACCUUUGCAAUGCCUCCAACACUAUUGGCUCAGACAACACCACCACCAUUUUGCGUGUGCGCAGUAAUUUAGCACCUCUCUGGCCCUUCUUGGGCAUUGUUGCAGAGAUUGUUAUCCUGGCUGUUGUUAUUGUGGUGUAUGAGAAGCGCAGGAGGCCGGACGAGGUGCCAGACGAUGAUGAACCAGCUGGACCAAUGAAGAGCAACUCUACAAACAACCACAAAGAUAAGAACCUGAGGCAAAGGAACACAAAUUAGACAACUCUAGGAACACCAUCAGAUUUUAAUCUUCACCUACUGCAUUGAUCCCUUGAAACAAGAGACGGAUUUAAUGACUUCUUCAGGCUGUGAAGGUUUCUGUAUUAAUUUGCCUGGGUUCACGAAAAGAAGAACAUUGCUCUACAAUUUAAUCUGCUUGUUCCUGUAUGGGUCUGCUCCUUUAAUGCGGCUUCCCUCCUACUAUUCCGAGCAUUAUGGAUUUGACCAGACUACAACUGAACAUACAUCUGAAGAGCUGAUUCUGAAGUUAGACUUUAGAUUUCUUCAGUAUCCCUUUUUGUAUAAGUUGUAUCGCAACUGAAGUUACCAAACCAUUUCUUAAGCAUGCCUUAUACCGCCUCUGAGAAGACAGAAUGGAUAAAGCUUUGAGAAGAUCUGCAGUUUUAAGAGUAUUCAGCUCUGUGCUGAAUCAAAUUAUUCCACUUCAACUUGAUAGACCUAUAUGAGCCUUCCAAACAUGUGCUUGGGGACAAUUGAAAUGUUCUGCAUGCAGCAUUAGUUAUGUUUGUAUGAUUUUUGUCUGCAUUUUUAAUUUUCUUAACGUAGUUGUGCUGAAUUUCCGAAACUCUUAAUGUAUACUGAUGCUUUAUCCCAAUCGGAAUUUCAAUGCACAAAUUCCUUAACUGCAUGCACAGAUUGUGCUUAUAGCAGCUUUGACUACUGACAGAAUCACUUUUAUUUAUAUAGUGUGGCUCAUAUUGCUUCAUGUAUGUACCACCUGAUAGAACCAUAUGCUUUUUGGUAGUUUACAUUUAAGUUGUGAAGAAAUUCCCUUUUCCAGAUUUCCAGCACCUUUGCACAGCAAGGAAUUAACAAACCUCCCCCUUUCUGAGAGCCUUGGGCUUAUGCUCUCGAGCUGCAGGUUGCGGUUGCCCAUUUUCUACCCACAAAAGUUCAGUAUCUUUGGCUAGUCUUUCUAGGCAGGUAAAACCAUUCCUUUUAUUCUGGUUUAGUCUACUGAUUUUGCUUGUUUUGUUGGUGAUCAUAACAUAAUCCCCGCAGCUAGUGAAGAAAAGGCAGCGACUAUAUUAGGCAGGAUGCUUUAGAAUUGGUCUUCUAGUUAAAUCAUGUAUAUUCUGAAAUCCUUUUUGCACUGUUAUGCCCAACAUGUACAUUCAUGCAGAAAAUCUUUUUUAUAAUUUAUAUAUAUAUUUUUCUUCUUAACAGGGUUUGUGGUUUAAUUUGGUAAGGUUUAAAGAUAAUUUUGCUUUUUUGUUUUUUUUGGUCAUAGCAUGUUUAUUCUAUGCAACUAGAUUUAUAUGUGUGUGUGUGUAUAUCAAUGCUAAAAUAUCUUAUGGGUUAGAGGGGCUCUACUAGUUGCAUGAUCCUGUGGAUUAUUCUGUAUUUGCAGUGUGAUAAAGUGUGCAGUAAAUACACCUGUUAAACAUAACUUCAAUAAAACCAAACUAAAUACUUA